UAAUUCUACCUAAUAUUAAUUCAAAUAUGCUACCAGAUCAUUCGCUCCGGGGAAAAUUUCGAAAAUGGCUUCGCAACGAUUUAAUCGAAAUGGACCCACAGAUUUUGAAAUAUGCAACCAGCCUUGAAGAAAUUUCAGAUAGAGCGGAUCCUUUCUACAAAGAUGGAGCUGGAAAUUAUUAUUCAAACCCGCUGAUCUACGCUGAAAUGGCGUACCGUAUCGUAAAAUUCACUCAAUCUUUAGAAGAAGCUAACCAACUAUGAAUUCGACCGAUAUUUGCGUAAUUUCCGGUUGAUUGAUAUUUGUUCAAUUUAUUCAUCAUGUACAUAUCGCGUAUUUUUUCCAGGCGAAGAAAUGUAAUUUUAUUUUCAUCUCAUUAAUCGUGUAUUAUUUCUAUUUUAAUCUAUCAAAUAAAAUCAUCAAAAAUACGACCUUGUAAAUAUUUCUUCUAUUUUUAUCCACGAACCGAGCUACGCCUAACCAUCAUCAACAAGCAAAUCUUUGCUUAGUAUAUGAAAAUAGACAGUCGCAGACCGAUAUUAUACGUACAGAGGGAAGGGGGUUGCGAUAAGAACCAAGCUUCGAUUAACAAUGAUCCUUAUCGGUUCCUAGAAAAACCCAGCAAUAGCAGCGACAGCCUAAGCCUACACAUCAAACCUACCAUUUCAUCAUUCGACUUUUGCUUCUCUUUGUGUUUAGUGCGUACAUCUCUAACGUGGUGAAAUUUUUUCUAUUCUUUCAAAGUUUAAUUUCGUUCUUAUUAUUUCUAUAAUCGGUAAGAUUUACGCAGCGCUGUAUUUUCUUGGUUCGUUUACUCUAUUUUUUCAUAUUUGUUCGAUCGUUUAAACCAUUUUGAAAAUUCCAGCUAUUUGUUUACGACCUCAUUGUGAUCAAGGUGGAUAAUACGACGUAUUGAUUGGAGAAUUAUUUGUUCUAUUGACUCGUAAGUACAAGUGUUAAUAUCAUCAUUAUUAAUUUGCUUGGUUUUGUACAAUUUACCGAUUUUACUGUAAAGCACACGUACAUUCGUACCUACCAUCAACCACGUGGUUUAGGCUACCAACACAGCCAUCAUUUCGAUUAUUAAUUCACUUUAAAGCUUAUUACAACGAUACCACGUGUUUAUUUAUUCUAUUGAUUCUAUUCAAGGGAUAAAUAUAAAGCAUGAUUCAAAAUUAGAAAAAAUCAAAUAAAAAAUCAACAUCCUAUUUGAUCCAGUACGUGUGUUUUUACCAGCUAGCCUAAUUACAUUGCCGUUUUCAUUGUCAGUUUACUAAUCCGAGUGUUUCAUCGCAGAUUUGAUUGGUGAACCGAAUUGUUUCAAGAAUCUAUUCACGAUAUGAUCCAGCUUUGUUUUGUUACUGGUAUGACAUAUUAAUUCUAUUUCAACGAAAAAUCCAGACGAACGAUUAAUUCUAUUCAUUCUACUUUGUUUAUCUAGCAUCGAACCUAGUUGCUGUGAUUAAUUGCUUCAAUUUACGAAGUAUUGAUUUAUUCGACGAUUAUUGAACCGGAAUUUGCGGAAAGGUAAAUUGACCAGCAAUUUAUUCAUAUUAUUUCUAUUUUGCUCGUGAAACUUGUACUUACGCACUGCUAUUUCUCCAGUUUAUUCGUUCCGCUAUAUCGAUUGGUUGUUUUGCUGAGAUUUGUUCGUUUGUUCGCUACGAUUCUCGUGAAAAAGGCCAAUGGAAAGAUAUCGUGUUCCGGUAUGCCAGUACUGCGGGGAGGAGUUCGAGGCAGGACAAGAAACUGUCCGGAAUGAGACCUGUCCGCAUACUUACCAUCGCGAGUGCGUUAAAAGCUUAACUGAGCAGCGUACGCCCGCCGGCAAUUUCCGCUAUCUCCCCGCAAAAUGUCAACAUCGAAGUUGCGGUGCGGUUUUGAUUCGACAACACUAUCACAGUAUUAUUUUCCGCUACGAGACGCCCGAAAAUAUUUGCACCAACUCUGGACACCGGCAUAGAAUCGCGAAUCUCAGCGACACGAUUGAUUUCCAGCGAGAGCGUAUCAAUGCGCUAAAUGACUCACUUCGCGAUGCUGUAGCGCAAAAUGAAAUUAUGACCGGACGUAUUGCAGAUCUCGAACGAGAAAUAACUAGACUUCGGCGACCAGCGCAAGAUUACCAAGAUUUCGAAGACGAUCUCAACCAUCGAGACAACGACGAUGACGAUAUCGGUGAUGCGCAGCGGCAGAUGAUUAAUCACGGCAAUCAAGUUGCUGGAAAUGAAAAUAUUCAUGCCGCCGAAAAUCAAGAAGAUCGAGCUCCAGAUAAUUACGCAAAUAACGAUAACGAAGCCAACGAUCGUCAAGACGUCGAUGAGCGCAACGACCUUAAUGAACCAAUUGAUCGAGCGUUUGCAGAAGGAUUUGUUCAAACGAACGAAGAACGAGAGAUGCAACGCCGUAUGGACCAAGAGCGAGACGCUCAAGAUGGUGUAAUUCCAGAGCCAGUUCCAGCUUCGGUCAGUGCUCCAGCUCCGUCAGCUCCUAAUCUUGACGAUGUAAACCUCGAAGAGCCUCACCCAUCGAAUUCUGAACCAGUUUUAGUCGCGCCAGAGCUGGGAGAAGCGGGAAACGUUGCCGGACCAUCGCGAUUUCGCGAGCCUUUCCGGCCUAGUACUCGUAACGUCUUCUCUUCUUUCUACAAUUCCAGCAACGUAUUGGUAAACCACGUUAUGCGGAAUGCAACCGAACAACGCAAUGAUCAUCAACAUCGUGACCAACCGUUGCUAGAUGAUGAAGACGCCCCGUACGAAGACUUCAGAACGAGGCGCGAAAUACGCGUCUACGAUGGUGGCGUACAGAGCGCUGUAUUUCCGCAUCGUCGUGGAAAUAUUAUGGCGAUUUUGAACCAGUCUGGCUAUACUUUCAACCCGCAAAUCCAGCGCGAGCUUCGUCACGAGUAUACUUUGCAUAGUCAGCAAAUGUACUCCUCAGUUUACACGAGCUGGUCACCGGACGACCGCCGUCCAACCACCCAUAUUUUCCUGAACGGAUGGUGGGUGAUUGGCGACGGUCUUGCCCACGGUGUUGCGAGAGAACCGCUGAGACGAGAUCCAACGUUAAAAAGUCGCUGGGAUCGUAGCCGCUUCGCGGGAAGUUUUCUUUCGGCCAAACGUCUGCGACACAACAUUCAACAACACGCCCACAACAUCCCACGGUUCUGCGUAGUGGCCAUGGGAGGACACGACCUAACGCUUGAGUCCGAGCACACGGCCAGAAUAAACACGUCAGCGUUGAUUCAAUUUUUGUUAGACCAACGCGUGGAGCGAAUUCUUAUCCUCCCGAUAAUCAUCGCUGAUCGACGACCAGAUGCGGAAAUAAGAAGAUCGUACCGCGAUUGGCAGCGAGGAAUUCUACCUCAAUUAGAUCGGUCUCGGGUCACCUAUUUACAAUUUUUGGAAGAAACAGUAGAUCGCGUCCAGCCUUACCAUGCCGACCUUGCCGGCAUUAUAUAUGCGCAUCCGUUCGUACAUUUCGAUAUCAUCUACCGUUUGGCUCAUAUGUUGCGUUAUUUCGAUUAAUUCUUCCCGGUACUUGCGUAAAUCCUUUGUUUUCUAUUUUUCGUUAUUUGAAUUUGUGAAUUUUGUUAUUUUUUCUAUCUUUUCUAUUUCUAAGUUUGAAAUGAAGACAUGGCGGUUCGGCUGAGCAUUCGAUAUUACCUCCACGUUAAAGCCUGUUAUUUUCGAUAUCCUCUUUAUUCUUUUUACAUGUCUUCGUGUAUUGUUUCUAUUAAUUUGGAUUUUUAGUCGCAUUUUUCUUUCUAACAGGUAUUUUCGAAAUUACCAGUUUAUAUUAGUUCUAUUAAUUCUAAGUUCGCUGUUUUUGAGUUUUGAAUCACCUAUUCGACUAUUAUUUCUAUUUGUUCUAUGUUAUAUUAAUUCUAUUAUUUUUGCGAUUUGUUCUAUUAUAUUUUCGAAUAGCUGUGAGUUAUAUUCUUGCCUUUUGUUUUACCGAAGAUAAAAAAUAAAUAAGAAGAUGAUAUGACUA